AUGUUCAAUAAAAUCUUAAACGCUUAUUUCGCCAGUCUCGAAGACUUCAGUAUUGACUCACGAGGUGACGUUGGAUCCUGGGUCCGCGAAGUCGGCAUGAAAAGUCUCGGUACUUACGUUCCUCUCAUCACACGCAACGACGAUCUCAAUCCGACGUCUCCGCAAUGGUGGACAAAGGAUCUGUCGAUGCAAGUAGUGAAGAAGUUGUUGAAGCAGAGCGUGGAGAGGAUUGAUAAGAUUAGAGCGUGUGCAGGAACGAUUCUGAUAGAUUUAUUGUACGAGAAGAGAAUGACUGGAGAAUGGGUAUUGGACAUUAAUGGACGGAGCGUUUUGGAACGAGUUUUGAACAGAGAUGAAGAAAUACAUUGGAUAAAUCCGUCAGAGCUGUAUCCGAGAAUGAUACAACUUCUCGUGCUUCCGGAAUAUCGAUUUGAUCUCUUAGCAGGCCUAGUAGUUGCAGCUGGAGGGAUGACAGAAUCACUGGUCCGCUAUUCAAGUGCAACGUUGAUAAAGUACGCAAGCUCCCUUCCGCCAUUUGCUACCGACACCUCUUCGAUAUCCCUGCUGGACUUUGCCAAUGCACUCCUUGAAGUUUUCCGCGUAUACGGGAAACAGGAUCGAGUGGUGGUGCCAUUGUUAGAAGUUAUUGAUUUAUUGUUUGAGGCUGGGGCUUUGCAGAAAGGCAUUGAUUGUGGAUUUGAUUUUCAGGAGCUAUUUGAUAAGGUGAAGAAGGAGGUAUCCAAGAGCCGAGAUAUCAGAAAACUCAGUGCUGGUGUGCGAGUUUACUGCGGAUUUGUAACUUUGGGGGGAACUCUUCGUACAAAGGCGUUGCAGCAUUUACUUAGCUAUCUGGUUCAUCCAUUUCCUAAGAUUCGUCGCCUGGCAGCGGACCAGUUGUACAUAACGUUAACGGCAACUAUAGUUGAGGAUGAACCAGAUGAGAUGGUUGAGAUUGAAGAGAUUUUGUCAACUAUUGAUUGGAGUGACCCAGUAUCCAAACUAAAGGAAAUAAGAGAUCGUUUAUAUCCUUUAUUGAACGUUCCUAAACCAACUUUGAGGAUCGCUGGUGACCCGAGUGCAUCAACGACUGUUAACUGA